CCAAUUUGCAGCAACCUCCCCGAGGUGAGACCUGGGCAAUCAUUAUUAUUUGUUACAUUAUGUAUAAUUAUAUCUUGUAAUAAUAUAAUUAUAUAUAUUUGUAUCACAAAUGAUAUGAGCUAAUUGGCUGCAAUUGAUUUUAUUUUUACCAAACAGUAAACUAAUAGUAGAGUAGAUAGAUAAGAUUUACUAACAAUAAGGUGACGGUAAUUACGUCAUUUUGGUUUCUAAAAUGAUAAAUACAGCUUUUUUAUAUUGAUUUAAAACGUCUUUUGCAAUAAUAUUCUAAUGUGAAAUAUAUAUUUAUUGUGAAAAUUCAAUCUAAAAUUUUCCAAGACUUGAAAAAUGAAUCAUUGGAGUGACAACAUGAUGGACAUCCAGUCGUACACUCGGUUGAACACGCACCGGUACCUGUAUCCCCUGCGUUUUGUCACCCCAAAGAAACAUCUUUCCGGACGAACGCUCAGCCAAAAUGAAAAUCGUUCGUAUGCGAUAAAGCGAGCGUCAUUCUGCCCCUCUGUCGAGAUCAUGAACUAUCGAAACGAGAAAUGCUAAUGAGCUUCUAAUAGUUUUAAUUCCAUUCGCCCACCCUACACGGAUUUCACGGCAAACUUAAAAAAAGAAAACCCAAUGCAGGUUUUUUGGUGUAAUAAAUACGAAUAACAAAAAAGAGAUUUUCCUGGGGAGAGGAUUAAGAAGAUAAAAAAAAAAUUAGGUGUGAAAAUCCCCGUAGUAAACUUUGCUGAUGAAACACUUGCACCAGGAUUGGCUAGUUUUUUUUUUUUUAAAAUUAGAGAAAAAAAUGCAUGCACUUUCACAAUCGUUCUUCGAACAGCUGCGGACAAAAAGCAAGUGCAUAAAAAGUGAAAUUACAGUUUCUGGAAGAUUGAUGAAUUAUAUCAUUUCAAUAAACAAAUGAUAAUUAUUUUAGUCACGUUAAAUUAUAUUUAAAUCGUUUAUUUCUUUAAUAUUUUUCUAAAGAAAGAAUAACGUGUAUACGAUGUAUCUCGUUUUCAACUUCAGAAGAAAAAUUCAAGCAAUAAGUUUGAAGAACCUUUUUAUUAAUCAAUCGAGAAACAUCUUCCAACCCUAACAGAUUUCACGAACAUUGAAAACGCUUAAGGAGCGAGCUUACCGCCAUGGAAAACAAACUGGCCACCCAUCGAUGAUCGGUGCUCCAUUAUCUUCGGCCUGUCACGGCUUUAGAGGAUUACACGUCGAUUACGAGGCUCAAUUUUAAACUGUCCGUCUACCCUCUCGCCUCGAAUCGGCAACCCUUUGCGGGUUACUCCAUGGUUUUACAAUCAGUCACCCGUGCUGUGACACGAGCGAUGGCUCGUCGAAGGGGUUGUUUCUUUUCGAAAAGCGGAUUACGUUUCUCAUUUUGUCCUUCUUCUCUUUUUUCUUUUUUUCUUUUUUCCUUCACACGUCAAAUCGAUUCUCCUGUGAUCGUUAUUGAUCGAUGGCUUUUUCGACCUGGAAAAGAUCAUUUAUAAAAAAAAAAAGUUUCGUUAGAAGCUACUUUACCUGGAAAAAUUUUCGUAUGAUAAUCGAAAUAAAAUUUGAACAUUAUAAAUUUCGUAGUUUUAUUAACAAAAUUCAAUUUUGUUUGUUGAAGUUCAAAUAAAAAUUUUGUAAAAGAUUUGUUUUAGAAUAUUUUAUAUUUUCGUAGGGCGAUGAAAGUUCUUCAGGGGGGAGGGUUUUAGGGGUAAAAGAAUAAUCCAUAAACAGCAGAAAGGUUUCACGCUUUUCUCCGAUUCUUCAUUUUUUCUCUCUCUCUUUCUCUCUCUAUGACAUUUUUCGCACGUCACUGUUUACUAUCCGGUACAACCCCUUUUUGGUAUUUCUAGGCGUGGUAGUAUUUUAUAGUAAAGGGUGCUGGCAAAAGCUUUUUGGAAAUCAAAUGAUCGUAAAAACUUCAUGCUUUUGUUUGUAGACCUUUGUUGGUUUCACUUCUCUCUCUCUUUUUUUUUUUUUUUUUUUUUUACAUCUUCUGAAUUACGAUUUGUUGUUCAAUUGAUAAAGAUAAAUUUUAUAUAUAUAUUUCUAGAAACGAUUUAAAAGUUUUCUAGAAAUAUUCCACGAAGAAUAUUUUAUCUAUUUCUUCUAACAUAAUUCUUCUUAUAUAUUUCUUUUUCCAUUUUUAUUGUGAUAAUAUUUAUAAAUCGAUACAUAUUAUUACUAUUAUUACAUAUUAUACAUAUUAUUAUAAAAUUAUAUCGUAAAUAGGAGGAUAAGUAUGAAACUUGUCACUAUUAAAGGUGCAAACUCAAGUUUCCCGAACAAGGAGAACGAAAAAUCCAUCGUAGCAUUAGAAAGUACUUGAUGCGUACUCGGUACUUUGAAAUUUCGAAGACCCUUCUAGUGUACGCCGCCAUAGGUGCCCCCAGGUUUUUUUUCAGUAUGAAUGAUGAUGUAUGGAUGUUGGCUGGGCGCUAGGGGCUGGGUAAAGGGUUCCAUUGUUGGACACCCCCCUCGAGAAUCGAACCCUCUCUCUCUCUGUUCGCAGGAGAGACCAUCGUGAAAUAUUGUCGGCGAGUAACAAACUACAUUCUGCAAGCUGUAUACUGUUAAUUUUAUGCCGGAUUUUUUUUUCUUUUCUCUGCCCACUUCAUGGGUCUCCUCCACUCCCCUUGUGCUGUUUAGACUUGCCGCGAAAAAAGAUCGUUACUGAUGGAAUUUUUUUAUGGAGAAACGAUUCACUUUUUGAUCAUUUUAUGAUUUUCGAACUUUUAAUUCUAUCUCCAAAUAUAUUUUCUUUCCUUUAAUUUUACAUAAAGAAAACUUGUACGAUAUAUAUUGAGUAUGCAUUACAUCAGGCACGUGCUACAUCCAUCCCAUUGUUCUUUUUAUGCGUAAAGAGCUGUCUACAACGUCCUUUGAUUCUUCUUUUUUCCACGUGAAUAUAUGCGUCCGUGUAAUGCAGCUGGAAUUACACCUUUGAUCAAAUUUCUUUGAAUAACAUAUAUACGAUAACGAAACAUAUGAAGUAUACAACUUUCCAACUCUCGAUUAUUCCCUUCUAUUUUUCGAUGAGAAUCUACACUCAAGGAAAAAAAAAACGAAACUACCUUUUCUUAAAUCUUACACGAUCUCGAAUCUCUCUAAGAAGAAUCAAAAUCUCACCUCUUAACAAUUAUAUCCAUGUAUAUAACGUUUAUACGAAAUGAAAUAUAAUUCGAUUCUUCGAGGAUCAAGAAGAAAUAGAACUAGAGAACGAAGAAAGAAAUACACGAAUACACGUGAUUUCCAAAUGCUGCAGAGGAUCAGAUGAAAUAUAUAUAUAUGACGAGGAUAAAUAUGUAUAGAUGAGGAUAUCAAAUGUGCUUCACAAAAAGAAAAAAAAAACCACCAUUCGAAAAAGUACAAUCAUUCUCGAUUGGAAAACGAAACGUGGUGGGACACGUGAGCGAGGAAAUUAACGCCGUUAUUUGCUCACGGGCACGCAUAAGAACCCCAUCAACCCCCGCGCGGAUAUUUGCCUAACGUGUUUGUUCGGGAAUAUGAAUCAGUCCACCUGGAAAUGAGAAAAGAGGAGAGAGGGAAAUUGGAACGAGGGACGAAAGGAGAUCCGCGAUUGUCGUACGUAUUUGCCCGGCUAUUUAUCACGGUUUAUUAUUUCCUAUUGUCGAUGGAGUCACGCAUUGUUGGCGGACGAGGAGGGCCGCGGCGAAUUUCUAAAACCGUGUCCGAUCGAAUUUGCAUAUAUCGGCCUGGGACGCGUGUCAGGCGUCCGAUUACAGGCCCUAUUAAUCGCGGUUCCGCAUUGUUCUCCGUUGAUAUCAAAUUUUCGCCCUCCUUUGAUUCUCCUUAGGUUGCCCAUCUUUUAAAAGAUUUUGAUACAGCGGUCGAGAGAUCAGUUCAACGAAUGGAUCCAUCAUUUAUUCUUCACGUUGGUUGGUUAAUUUGUUUAGAUCGAGUUACGAUAUAUAAUAAUAAUUUUUAUACGAUUUGAUUUUGAGAAAAAGUAUCGCGGUUAUUCAAGGAACGACGAGGAGCAAGGUCCAUUACGAGAUGGCAGUUUUAGAGGCUUGAACCUUGAAGAGGCAGCACUAAUCAAAAGUGGUCCACGGAGACAGAUUGAGGGGCGUGCUGAAAUAAAUCAGCCCUUUGUUUUACGGCUUUAAAACGGCCGUUGGGGAUUUCGAACGCCAAGUUAUAUACGUCCAUUCAUUAGAAACACCCCAGCUGCGAGAUCGAAAAGACUUGGUCGGCCAUUCAAAAACUGCGUAAUCGUUGUUCUCUAAUACGAAUUGUACCGUUAUAUCGUUCCUCCUCUACAAUCUUAACUACUAUAUAUUAUUCGAAACUAUUUAUUCGAAAAAUAACAUUAAUUUCCAAGGAUAAUAUCUCGAAUAAGGAGAACGUUUUGAUUAUUCAAAAUUUGAAAAAAGAAAAAUACAUUUGAAUUGAUUCAUCGGAUGAUAAACCAGGAAGAAGCAAAUUUAAUAUAUAUAUUAAUAAGAGGAAAAGUUGAUGAAAUGGAAGUUGUGUUCAUCGAUUUGAUGAAAGGAAAGGGUUAAACGAUGCAUUGUAGCGGAAGUGAUGAGAAUUAAUGAUUUUGGAGAUUUAGCCCUGCAUCCCACAGGACCUUGUUGGUGAAAGGCAAGGAUCCUUCGUGAUCCUUCGUAAUGACCUGUCUGUGAAGAAUUUAAUUUCCUCGCACCCUUCUUGUAUCGAUGACUAAGGUAGGUUAUUAUUCACAAGUUACGAUAAUUUUAAAAGGUUGUAUUUUAUAUCGACUAGAUGUGCAAAGAAUAAUGAGAUUGAUCAAGGUAUGCUAUUGGAUACUUUAUAUUUAUCGCAAUGACAAUAAAGAAUAAAUGUUAAAAGUGGAAAAAAAAAUAUACUAUUGCGCGGUUGUUUCUAUAAUCGGUCAUAAAUCAAAAAUAUUUAUAAAUUUCCCAGACAUUGUUAUAUAAUUAUACAGGCAAUGGCGGAGAUAAGCAGACGUCGAUAAUUUAUUUUUAAACAGAAUCGCGCAACGUACAACCGGUUAACGUUUCAAUUGUAAAAUAUUUGUUGUAAAAAUUAAUUUCCCUCAAAAUUUUCCACAACGUAUUAAUCGAAAUGUAAAAAUUCUAUUCUUAAAUCUUUAAAAAUAGAUAAAUAAUAACAAACAUUUCUUCCAACGAGGCAUAACAUUUCAAAUAUACUUUAACAUCAUUUUAAAAUUUUUUAUUCAUCAACGAUCUACUCUCAGCGAGUCAAGUUAAGAAAUACAUAAAAAAGAACAUGAAAUCAAACGAAAAGGAAAAAAGAAAUCUUACAUUCAAGAUAUAAUAAACAAUACGUAUCCGAAUAAUAAUAAUAUUUGCCCGUCGUGCAAUUUAUCUUAAUUUUCUAUUUUCAAAUUUUUUCCUCGCCUAUAAAAUGCCGCCACGACGACAUUAUAUUUUUUGAAUAUCGACCGAUAAACGUGCAUCGAUGAACCUGAGCGUGCAAGAAUACACGAUAAUAUAUUAUUAUUGCGCGGGCGCGGGUCAAUAAUCGAGCACGUUGCCUGGCGACGGUGCUCCUGCUCUCUCUCAGCCUCCGGAAUUUCUUCUUCUGCGGACUAGUCCUGCAACCGCGACUCGCAGAAGUCCAGCAACCUUCGAUACAUCGGCAUCGGACCGGUUUCAUACUCUCGCUCACGAACACACGCCGUUAAACACUUGGUAAGUCGAAUCCGGACGAUUUAGAUCGAACUUCGCCCGUUCGUUUUGUUCUUCGAUUUACAAUUCACCACUUUGAAGAGCGUUCCGUUCCCACUCUUUCUUUCUCUUUCUCUCUCUCUCUUUCUCUCGUUCCACUCUUUUAUCGCACGUCGCUCGCCUUUUUUCGCCUCGAAUUCGAGAGUUCAAAAGUAAAAUUUCGAAUGUCCCGAUAACAUUUAUAUAACGUUACGUUUCAAUCGAUAUCGAUAUUGGAGAAUUGAGAAUUUAUCGAUAUUGGUUUUUUAUUCUUGUACUUUCUCGAUCGCGACGACCGAGUUGAACGGGCAAAGAGAGAAGUGAUAUAUUCACGAUAUCCCAAGUUAUCUACGUUGUUUAAGUAGGAUAAUCUGCGUUGUUGUUUCUUUUUUUAGCCUCUAGUGGUUGGAUGGUUCGCUAGUUAUGUGGAGGAAAAGUAGACAGUUGGCAAAUGCUCGAGUUUGUCCAUCGGAAGAAGCAGAAAGUGAAGGUGAUAAAGGAGAUGGAGGAAGGUAUCAUGCGGUAUUGCGUGAAGUCGAGAAUAGAUUCGAGGAGCUGUGCGGAUUUAAAUUAGGCGAUCUCUCGUCUUUCGAAAGCUUCGUUGCGCUUUUGUAUCGACCUACUGAUCCAGCUAGUUUAGGAGUCGUUCGAGCACUCUUUGGACUAUGCAUGGUGUUGGACGUGGUGGAAGAACGAGGAUUGGGUGAUGUCGAUAUAAAAUGGGGAGAUCCUAUGGAGUGUCAUUUCCCUUUGAUUCACGGUAUGAAACCGUUGUCGUUGCCAUGGAUGAUAACGAUUUAUACGAUAAUGUGGAUAGGCGCUUUUGGAAUCAUGCUCGGCUCGAGGUUCAAAAUAGCUUGCGCCUGUUUCCUGAUUCCUUAUUGGUACAUCUUCCUGCUGGACAAGAGCUAUUGGAACAAUCAUACGUACCUCUAUGGCAUCGUUGUGAUCCUCUUCUGGGGCACGGGGGCUGACAAAUACUUCGCAUUGGAUGCCACUGAAACGAAAACAAGUGACAAUACCGUACCGUUGUGGAACUACUUCAUUUUGAAGUUCCAAUUCUUCGCGCUGUAUUUUUUAGCUGGAUUGAAGAAAUCCGGUGUAGAAUGGUUAUCAGGAUAUGCCAUGGCAAAUUUGUCAAGGCAUUGGGUCUUCAGCCCGUUUAGAUUAUUCUUGACCACCGAGCAAACUGAUUUUUUCAUAGUUCAUUGGUUUGGAUUUAUCUUUGACCUUACCGUUGGAUUUUGGAUGCUGUUCGAUAAAACUCGUAUCCCUGCAAUGGUAUUUUGUACUGCUUUCCACUUAAUGAACUCUAGGUUAUUUAGCAUUGGAAUGUUUCCAUACGUGUGCCUUGCGACAAUGCCACUCUUUUGCAAACCAAAUUGGCCCCGAAGCCUCGGGUUUUUCCUCAAACGUAAAUCUUACUUUUCAUUUUCUGCGAAAAUUCAGGAAAUAAAGAUCUGUAAUAAAGCCACGAUAGAUCUGCCGAAAGAGUGGCACGAUAAUCUAAAUGGAAAUGGGUCAUCGAUCGAUAAUGGAAAUCAAGAAGGUACAAAUUCGAUAAACUCUACAAUUAAUUGUAAACACACGAAGAGAAUCAAUCGAGAGAGAAAAUCGGCAAAAGUGACGAGGAAGCAAAAGUUCGUAGUUUCUCUGUUACUAUUCCAUGUAUUCUUGCAGUUUUUCUUACCAUACUCUCAUUUUAUCACGAAGGGUUACAACAAUUGGGUACCAGGAAUGUACGGAUACUCUUGGGAUAUGAUGGUCCACGUUUGGGACACUGUACUCGUCGUGGUUAAAGUUCACGACAACGCGAGUAACGAGGAUCGUUAUUUGGAUCCUACAGCUUGGGUACAGAGUAAUAGGUGGGAGAAACACGGUGACAUGCUCGUACAAUACGCUUCUUGUUUGAAAGAGAAUUUGAUUAAACAGGAGAAGCAAUUUUUUGAGAAUAACUUCCAACGAGAUAAAAGGCCAAAAUGGUCACGAUUGUCAUCGAAUUUGAGUAUUUAUAUCGACGUGUGGUGCUCGUUAAAUGGAAGAUUCCAACAGAGAAUGUUUAAUCCAAAUGUUGACAUGCUAACGGUAGAUUGGCAUCCUUUUAAACCCAUCUCGUUUUUAAUGCCACUUCUUUCCCAGUAUAAUUCCUACAGAUACAAGCUGGAAGAAAUUCAGCAACAAAUUUACACUUGGUCCAACGACACCGACGUCCUCUUCGUUGCCGAUUUCCCAGGCAUGCAUUUGGAUAAUUACAUCACCAAAAAUUUCACCAACGUCACAUUAACGGUACUCGAAGGUGAAGUAACGUACAGCGACGAAAGACGGAAACACGACAUCACGGUAGCAAAGGGAUCAUCGAUUCCGAUAGAAACGGGACAAUUUCACAAAGUGAAAACUGUUAGCGCUUAUCCAGCUUGUUAUAUGUACACCUGUACCAAUCGGAACAAACAGCAAUCAGAAACUAAUGGAACAACAGUGCUUGAAGAAUCGAAAGAAGAUCUACCAAUCGCAAAGGAAAUAAAUUAUAAAAUCGACGCUUGGAUAAGAGCGUUCCAUCACAUUGCGAAUGCAUUUUUCUACUUGGUAUACGACGUGCCCAUGGUUCGAAGGGUGCAAAUAAGCAAUUAAUCUAAUUUCCUUUUAUUAUAAAGUAAAGCGAUUUCGGUUUCCUCGAAUGAAUAAUUAUUUAGAAGUAGGAAAUAGGAAAGCGUGAAAAAAUUUAUUUUUUUACCUGUCGAGGGUAAAAUUGUGAUAACGAUUCUCAGCGAAUAGCAUUAUGAUUAGUUACAUACAUAGUUAAUUGCUACAAAUUAAAUACGUUCGAAGAUAAUUUAUUAUAAUAUUAUCAGUUAUCUCGCGUCAAAAAAUAUGAGAAGUGGGAGAAGAAAAACUUUUCAACUUUGAGAGUAUGGAGAUAACGAUUGUAACAUUGUACAAUCUGUUAUUGAUUCUUUAAUAAAAAAGAUAAAGUCGAAGACGAUCGUAAUCACAAGUUCAUCUAAGCCUAUUUAGAAUCGUAUCUCGUAACACGUUCGAAUCUUUAUUCACUUAACGUAAUUGGAGAACGGUGACGCGAAAUUAAUCUCAAGGAUAUCGAACUUGCGAUCAUGUAAAUACAUGCGAUCGAUUAUAUUGUUUAUAGAUAAAUAAUGAAAGUAAAUAAUCCGCAUGUUUCUUCUAUUGGUCAUUGAUUAACAGAUUAUCGUGGAAAUUUAUCGAUAUAAUAAAUAUUCAAUGCGUGGCGGUAUAUAACGAUAGAUGGAAAAUUUAAUUUCAAGAUAAAUAAUUUUUACAAUUAAAGUAGUCAAGAAGUAUGUUUAAUUUAAAAAAAGAAAUAAUUCUUUUGAAAUUGAUGACGAGAUACUCGAGAUCAAUUUUAUAAUUCUCGACGCAAGAUAAGACAAAUCGUUAAAAUUAACCAACUGUGGCUGUGAAAUGUACACAAUUAAAUAUUAUUCCCUCUCUCCUUCUCUGGCGUAGUAACGCUUAUUGUAAAUCGCGUACGCCUACGUUAAUCGCAUAAAUUUGAUAGCUCGUAUCAUUGUAAUAAGCUUUCUCGUCUGAUAAGUUGUAAGUAAAUGCAUCCGGUGAAUCUGUUCAUCGUCUCAGUAACGUAUCUACUAUUUCAUAUUAUCUCGUUUUCGACAAAUCUUGUUCGAAUAACGAUGUAAACUCGGCGUAAAGUGUGUUGCCACCUGUUUUCUUUAUGACAUUGUUUUUAACAAUAUUUUUUUUUUUUUUUAGAAAUAAUUACAAAAAUAAUUUCUUCAUGACGAUUUAUACAGAUACUUUUAAAAGUAUGUUUUAUUAUAAGUUGUAUAUCUAAAAUAAGAAAUUGUUUAUGACAACAAGUUUUUGUAAAAAUUUAUACUAUUUUUCAUCAAAGAGAUAUUUUAUUUUUUAUGAUUGUUAUCGUUUUUCUUUUUUGCAUAUUUUAUGCUUCGUUCAAAGUUAUUCAAAAAUUAAUUUUGAUUGAUUGAGCGUUCAAAUAUUUUUGAAAGUAAUUAUACAGAAAUAGGAAUGUAAAAAUCACAAAUAUAUAUUAAUUUAUUCUCUUUUUAAGUUAUAAACAGGUUUACAAUUUAAUAAACGUGAAUGUGGAAACUUGUCGAGAAAAAAUCUAAUAAAGUGAAUCUUUCUAGAUAAAAAAAAUCAAGAUUAA